UGCGCGGCCGGAGCCGGCCCUCCGGGCAGGCGGGGCGGAGCGGGAGGUGGGGUUUCGGUGGCCCGAGGGCCAGGCUGCGGGGCUGAUUCCGCGCAGUGGGGCUCCUUCGGCCCCGGGAUGGCGUCCCCGCGGGAACUGACCCAAAACCCCCUGAAGAAGAUCUGGAUGCCGUACAGCAAUGGGCGGCCCGCUCUGCACGCCAGCCAGCGCGGGGUUUGCAUGACCAACUGCCCAACGCUCAUCGUCAUGGUGGGCCUGCCUGCCCGGGGCAAGACCUACAUCUCCAAGAAGCUGACGCGCUACCUCAACUGGAUUGGCGUGCCCACGCGGGAAUUCAACGUGGGCCAGUACCGCCGGGACACCGUCAAGACGUACAAGUCUUUUGAGUUUUUCCUUCCAGACAAUGAAGAGGGCCUGAGAAUCCGGAAGGUCUCUGGCUGGAGGAGAAAUAAACACAGUCAGCUCCCCAGGUUUAACUGGCUUCACUGGAAGGCCUGUUGGUCAGAUGGCAGCAGAGCGCUGCUGUGUGCAGGGCAUUGCUGCGAGCGCCCCCUGCAAUGGCCCAGCGCCCUGCGCGGGAAGGAAGGGGACCCCCCGCCCCAGCAGGUUUUUGAUGCAACGAACACCACCCGGGAACGUAGAGCAACCAUCUUUAAUUUUGGGGAACAGAAUGGCUACAAGACCUUCUUUGUUGAGUCCGUCUGUGUGGAUCCUGAGGUCAUAGCUGCCAACAUCGUGCAAGUGAAACUGGGCAGCCCUGACUAUGUCGACCGCGACAGCGAGGAGGCCGCGGAGGACUUCAUGAGGCGCAUCGAGUGCUAUGAGAACUCUUAUGAGUCGCUGGACGAGGACCUGGACAGGGACCUGUCCUACAUCAAGAUCAUGGAUGUGGGGCAGAGCUACGUGGUGAACCGUGUGGCUGACCACAUCCAGAGCCGCAUCGUGUACUACCUCAUGAACAUCCACGUGACCCCCCGCUCCAUCUACCUCUGCCGGCACGGGGAGAGCGAGUUCAACCUCAAGGGCCGGAUAGGCGGGGACCCGGGCCUGUCCCCCCGGGGCCGGGAGUUCGCCAGGAGUCUGGCCCAGUUCAUCAACGACCAGAACAUCAAGGAACUGAAGGUCUGGACGAGCCAGAUGAAGAGGACCAUCCAGACGGCGGAGGCUCUGGGCGUGCCCUACGAGCAGUGGAAGGUCCUCAACGAGAUUGACGCGGGCGUCUGUGAGGAAAUGACCUACGAGGAGAUUCAGGAGUAUUACCCACUGGAGUUUGCCCUGCGGGACCAGGACAAGUACCGGUACCGGUACCCCAAGGGCGAGUCCUAUGAGGACCUGGUCCAGCGCCUGGAGCCAGUGAUCAUGGAGCUGGAGCGGCAGGAGAACGUGCUGGUCAUCUGCCACCAGGCUGUCCUGCGCUGCCUCCUGGCCUACUUCCUGGACAAGGCGGCAGAGCAGCUGCCCUACCUCAGGUGCCCCCUGCACACCGUCCUGAAGCUGACCCCUGUGGCCUACGGUUGCAAAGUGGAAUCCAUAUUCCUGAAUGUACUGGCUGUGAACACGCACCGGGACAGACCCCAGAAUGUAGACAUCUCAAGGCCCCCGGAAGAAGCCCUGGUCACAGUCCCCGCUCACCAGUGACCAUGUCUCAUCCACUGUGGACCCUGGGCAAGUGUUGACCUCCGCAGGAGAGGUCAUUCUAGGCCAUUCUAGUCACCACGCAGGAACACCACAACCCAGCCCACCUGCUUCCUUACUGACAGGUGGCAAUGGGUUGUAUGCGGCGCUGACCUGCCAGCCGGGUGCCCUGGCAUCUGCCGGGUUGGCCUGGGAAGGCAUGAAACCCUGAGAUGCAACAGAAGGUGCUCUCCAUGAUGUCCCCCUGCAGCCGCUGCCUGCAGGGUCCUGCCAUCCUUUUCUCGCCCCGGGUCCUGACGGAGAGCCCCCAGCCGCCCCGCCUGGAACUGAAGAGCCUCUGCUCAGACCUCCGUGGCUGGGCCUUGCGUCCAAGCCCCUCAGUGACAGUCGUGUGCAUCCUUGAGCACAGUAUGAUGCACUGUGGGGCUCCCCUCCUUGGUGCAUGCACACUGGGACACGCGGAGCUGGUGUCCAGGGCCCCCCCAUCCGACACCCCACGUGAAGCCGUGUUAAGGCAGGUGGCUGCCUAGUGACACUUCCUGGUGUGGGGCUGGAGGGCGGCUGCCGUCACCCUGCUGUGCCCGCCAGCCUGCCUCGCUGCUGCGUCCACAGGCCUGUGCGCUAGUGGCGGGGACAUGAGUUUGCUGUGAAUGGUUCUGAAAAGUCCCCUGUGGCCCUUAAUGCCUCUCCUUGUGUUUGUUCGCCUCCACCUGGGGACCGAGCGGGGAAAGGCUGGAGCCUGGAGGCAGCACCUGUCUGGGGCCACAUCUCAGCUCUCCAUUCGUGGCAGGGGGGCCAGGAGAGAACAACCCAGGGAGUCUGCCCUCUGCCACACCCCGAGUUCUCUGGGGCCUGGGGAGGCAGGCUGGGCAGCAGCUUCCAGCUCCAGUUUACAGCUGGGCACACAGAUUGGCCAGCACGUGGCCUGGGUGAGAAGGUGUGUGGGUUUGUUUGGCUGCCCUGCUGUCUGCAGGUGGGCCUUGGUGAAGCCAGGCCCCAGCAUCCCAAGCCUGCUUUGUACCCUGAACAGCCCACCUUUCCCAGCCCCCCAGGGCUCUGCAGGUGCCGCCUGUCCCCAGAGGAAAUCCAUGGCCCUGGCCCUGGCUGGGAGCUUCAUCCUUAUGGGCUGCAGCAGCUGACAUGAAGUGGUGGACAGAUGCCCAGGGCAGGGCUGGGCAGGACCUUCCUGGACUUACCUCCUGUGGGACCCCAACCCCGUGAGACCCAGGGCCAGAGGACCUGCCACUGUUUUGGCAGUGUGGGGGCUGUGGCCUUGCUUCUGUGUCCUCUAGAGCGCUGGUCACCUGGUGGCCCGGAUGCACUCGUUCACAGCCUGUCCCUUCAGUCAGCAUCAUGUCCCUCUGUAGGUCCCCACCUCCCAGGACCUCAGGCUGGCCGAGGAGGUCAGCAAGGCAUUUUCUCUGUCCAGUCAGGAGCAUCAGGACCCAGAUAUGUGACAAGGACUGGGAAAAGUGACCUGGGCCGUGGCAUGGGCUGGAGCAGCCCUCCCUGCCUCUAUACGGGUAGCAGCCUGCCAGGUUGGACACCAUGUGUUGGCUGUGACGGCCAGUGUGCUUCUGUGGCAAUUGUUUUGUUUCUCCUGGAAGGGGUGGUGGUGUGUCUCAGCCACACAUCACACUGUAUCCAGACUUCUCUGAGAUACAGACUUGAAAAAAAAAUGUCUGCAGUUGUA